AUGGCAUUCAUGAUGAAGAAAAAGAAAUACAAAUUUACGGUUCUGUUGUGUUUAGAAGAAAUUACUGCUGUACCUUUCCUAAAUGGUGUACUUUUUGCAAAAGUUCGACUCCUGGAUGGUGGUAAUUUCAUGGAAACAUCCAGCAGGAUUCGGCACAAUAUCCUUCCCGACGAUCGUUAUGUGGAGACGCGGGAAAUCAAGGUCGGAAACCAGGGCACUCCCGAGUUGACUUGGGUGGCAACUUCAGUACUAAAAGAGUACGGAGAUGUAGAGUCUUGGUUCAUCGUCACAAUUUUUUCUUCCCUCUUACAACAUGAUAUAAUACCAGCUCUUUCUGUCGCUUAUCAUCUUAAUUCGCGAAUUAAGCGAGUUGAGGGUCCAAAGAAGGCGCCAAUUUGA